AAAACACCGCCAAUUUCAAAGUGUUGCAAACGAGGCCAUAACAAUGGCGGACCAUAAAUUUUUAGAGGUUGUAAGAGAAGACGUUUACAAUUCAAAUGGAAAAAUGCACACAAUACAAACAAGGUGUGAGUAUAAAACUAACAACAGAACACCAACUAAGUCAUCUUAUGUUGCUUCACCUAAAAAACUACCUGAUGGUAAGGAGGUGAGAGUAGUUUUAGUUGGAAAAGAGACACAAGAAAACACAGAACUUAAAACUGCAUUACAUAAUGUUGAUGUAGAAAUCGUGACAUCUGAUACAGGAUUAGAUUUUAUACAUGAUGCUGGGGAAUAUGAAACUAUAUUUGUUGUUAGUAGUUUUGAAGGGGAUGUAUAUCACAGAUUGCACAGAGCAGAAGCCAGAAUUCUUGGACCUUCGUCAGUCAUUAAAUCAGCACAAAAUAAAGAGGCUUUUCCAUUUUCACAGCGACCACUGUACUGUUCAUCAAUGAAUGGACUUAUUAUAUGUUUUACUGGUUUUAAAAAACGAGAUCAGUUAUGUCAUCUAGUUGAUUUAGUACAUCAUAUGGCAGGAAGUGUUAGAAAAGAUAUAACAACAAAAGUUACACAUCUUGUAGCUAACUGUACUGGUGGUGAAAAAUACAGAUUUGCUGUUAGUGUGGGCACACCUAUUAUGAGUGAAGAUUGGGUACAUCGAGUGUGGGCUGAAAGGGAUAACCAUGAUAUGAAAGCUGACAGUGACAAAAUGAUGUCAUAUAGAGUGAAACCGUUCUAUGAAUGCUGUCUCAGUUUUGUUGGAUUUACAUCUGAUGAACAGAAACAUAUGGAAGAACUAACUAUAGAAAAUGGUGGAACAUAUUGUUCUGUUGGUAGUGAAGAAUCAACACAUCUAGUUGUAGAUGAUCAUGCUGUAAAAGAAUUACCUCCUAAUAUUAAUUUACCUAUACAUGUUGUACGAGGAGAGUGGUUUUGGGGUUGUAUACAGAUGGAAGCCUGUGCUGAUGAAUCUAUUUACACAUUUCAAAAGGCUACCUUGCCAGCAAAUUUUUCGUCUAGUAGUAAUUUAUCAGGAUCGAAAUCAAGAAAACGGAAACGCCUCAAAGAACUGGUGGCAGAAGGAGAGCAGGAAUCUCCAUAUUUGGCUAUCAAACGGCGGUCAAGUGAAGUGGGUGGUGUUUCAAUGAGUCCAAAUUCAUUUCUUGAUGCUUCACAUACACCUGAUAAGUCUGAUUUCAUCACAGAGAGUCAUGUACAUAAUGAUGAAAAUAGAACAGUCCCUCCAACAAAUAAUAAAAUAUCACCACGUUUACAAGUUGUUAUGGAACUACUUCAAACAGAGAAGAAUUAUGUGGCCAUUUUAAACACUAUUCUUUAUACUUUUAAAAAUCAAGUAGAGAAACCAGAUCAGUAUAACGGACCAUUACUAAGUCAACAACAUAGUAAAAUUAUAUUUGGUAAUAUUCCACCUAUAUAUGAUAUACACUGUAAAAUACGAGAUCGGGUAGCUAACCUAGUGGAAAACUGGACAGAAGAAUGUUCUGUAGGAGAUGUUAUUAUUGAAAAUGCUGAGGCCCUUACAAAAGCUUACCCGCCGUUCGUUAAUUUUUUUGAGAAAUCCAAAGAAACUAUAAACUUCUGUGAUAAAUCUAUACCUCGAUUUCAUGCUUUUUUAAAGGUGUGCCAAACUAAACCUGAAUGUGGUCGUCAAACAUUAACCGAGUUAUUAAUAAGACCUGUACAGAGAUUACCAAGUAUAGUGCUAUUGUUAAAUGAUAUAUUAAAACGUACCAAUAGUAGUAAUCCAGAUCAUGGUAAACUAGAACAAGCUAUAAAUCAUUUAAAAGAAGUCAUGACGCAUAUUAAUGAAGAUAAAAGAAAAACUGAAAAUCAAGUCGUAAUGUUUGAUAUUAUAAAUGAUAUUGACAACUGUCCUGCUACAUUAUUAUCAUCACAUCGUCGAUUUAUAAAUAAAGUAGAUGUAAUAGAACUAAGUGAUACGUUAAGUGGUAGAGGUGAUCCACUUUCAUUGUUUUUAUUUACAGAUAGUAUAGAGAUCUGCAAGCGUAGAACAAAAUAUAUGAAUUCACAGAAAAGCCCUGCAGCUUUACGGACCCCACAAAAAGCUUACAAACAUUUAGAAAUGGUUCCUUUAUCUUCUAUAAAACGAGUACUUGAUGUAGAAGAGGCAGAAGAUUGUCGGUUUGCAUUUGCAUUUAUCAGUAGAAACAACUCUGAGUUUAAAGAUAAAUUGUAUAGUUUUAUGCUGGAUUCAGAAGAAGUUUGUAAAACUGAGAUGUUAACAACAUUGUGUAAAAAUUUAGCUAAUACUUUAUGUCGACCAGAUUACCACACAUUAAUGGCUACUGUGAAAGGAGAAGAGUUAAAUAUAAAUACCAAAGAAUUAAACAAUAAAAUCAAAAAAGCUGUCAAACGUGUUAGUCGAGCGUUUUCCUUCAAUAAAACACCUGGUAGAUUAAAGCGGGCGAUAUCAGGUAUUACACAUGGUAUUAGUCCGUUUGUACGACAUACACCAGGUGAUUUAAAAGGUAGAAGAUUGGCCAGUACCUUUGAUUUAACAGAUUCUUCACCGAUGUCUGCUAGUCAUUUUGAUGAUGAUGGUGAUUCUAUUAGUCUUGGUGCCUUUUCUCUUCAGGAGGAAGGAUCACCUAUAAGUAAUUUCCAUACACCUGCUAAAAAGUUAACCAAGUAUAUGACUCUUGGACCUAGUGCUACAAAGAAAUAUAUGUAAAAUUGUGAUAUAUACUUUAUAUAUGUGAGAUCGAAUUAUGAAGAAAAAAAAGAACCCUUAAGAUGAAGUGAUGAUCUGUUCAAAUAUUAUAUAUUCACAUAUCAUUCAUCAAUAUAUUAUGUUUUAUUAUAAUUAGAAUCUAAAUAUUUGUUUUCAUAUUUUAAAUAUAUUCUGUGGUUGUAUUUCUUUUCAAGAACUGAUCUCUAUAGUACAUCAGUUCUAAAUAUUUAAAAACAAAAUUUAUUCCUUGUGUUACAGAAACAAAGAUAUAUUUUUGAUAUUUGUUUAAAAGUUGAAGUUGUGUUCCUUGUAGUUUAUUUAGGUCAUCAAUUUAGCCACAAAUGUCUUCUAAUGAGUAGAUAAAUAAAAAUAUAAACCAAUAAAGCUUAUCAAAUGUUUUAUAUAAGCUUAUAAAAUAUGUUCUAUGAUUAUUUUAGUACAUAUUGUCAUUUUCAUUGAUUAGAUCACAGACAGCCUUCAUUAUUGUCUUACUCAGACAAAGACUCGCUACAUAAUACUACUGAAUAUAAUAUGGUGUCAUUACUCAUUUACAUAUAGAUCUGUAUUUAUAUAUUCACAUGCAGUGAUAAUGAGGUCAUUAUUGAAAUGGGUCAUGUCUAACUUACUACACAACAAUUGUGAGUACGGGUAGUCAAUAUUACAUUGCUUUGAUCUGGUUAGGGAGAAUUUGUGUGUGUUGUGAGAGAUAAGAAAUUGGGAGGUUUGGAUGGUUUGAUGCAGAUAUGCCAAGAGAUGACUCGAGAGGAUAAGUGCAGGGUAGAGUCUUCUCAUUGGGGUAAAGGAAUGAGAGGAAACUGUGCCUCCUAUGAUACAUGUAUCUAUAAAUGGAGUAAACAACACAAUGGCCAUUUUAUCUUACAAUUAGAUAAAAUUGAUAUUGAAUAAGUAAAAUUAUUUUCUCUAUUGUCAAAAGAAUACAUCUUUAAUUUCAAUACCAUACACAUAAAUUACUGCCCCAUAUAACAACUUAAUUGACUUGAAAUUUUUUAGGAACACAACCCUUUUAAAUAAAUGUGUAAAUGUACUUUUGGAUUUAUUUAAGGUAAUUAGUUUUAAAAAAAUAUAAUGUUGCAUAAUGAGAAUAUUAUUUAUAUUUAUGACUGCCACAAGUUGUGUUCUUGCCACAAGUUGUGUUCUAUCAAUGUACUAUGGUUGUGUAAUCAAAUUAGGGGAUAUUUAAACUGCUUUGUAUAUUGCUAAUGCUAUAUAUUGAUAAUAAAGUCAAUUACAUGUACUAUGAUUACCUGUGUUUAAACAAUGAUGCAGUACUGCCAACUUCUGGCUUGUCAAAAUUUGUAAGAUUUACAACUGGUUGUGACAAUUGACCAUGGUUGAUAAAUACAUGACAAUAAAAAAAGAGAAGUUGUAAGAGCAAGAGUGAAGAUUUGUGUUACACAAUAUAUGUAAGUAAUCAGAAAUAAUAAUUAUUGUCAUGUUUUCUGAAAUAUUCAGAUUGACUACUGAGUUUCUUGUAUUAUAAAACCUGUCCGUAGCUUUAUUUUUAAAGAUAGUUCAACAAGGAGAGGGUUUUUAUGAAAUAUCAUAGAAUUUGAGAUGUGUUCUGUCGAGCUUAUUCCCAUCUAAAUAUUUAUUUUUUUAAGUGCAAUUUAUAUUUUUGACUCCGAGAGUAAUAAGAAAUAUCCUGUUAAUAUGGCAGUUGAUGUGCUACAGGGUUUAAUAAUAGUAAUGUGUACAUUAAAGUGUCACUGUAAUUCAAAACAGGUUAAUGGGCAUGUUAGCCAUAAUGGCAGUACUGUUGGGUUUGCAAUAGACAGGACAUCCCCACAAAAUACCUGUGAAGUAAUUUGGAUAUAAUCCAAAAUCAGUGGUUAUGUAAUUAAAACUUCGUAGCUCCAAGGAAUAUAGCUUUAGUUAUAAUGUAAAUGUAUUUGAAAAUUGGUUCAUUUCCUUGUCUUAUUGGGUCAUUCUUAUUACAUGUACAACUGACAAGAAUUAACCUGUUGAUUAUCUUUAAAAUAUAUCAUAUAUAUAUAUAUCAUGUUGUUAAUAGUUUAAAACUGUAUAUAAUAUAGUAUGUAAAUAUUGUAUAAUAUAGAUCUAUAUAUCCUGCCUAUAUAAAUUUUCUUUUAUUUACUAGAUUAGAAUGAGCCAGGUUUGAAUAUUUACUUCAAACCUGGGGUUAGUUUCAGUUAAUGGCCGAAGUAUAAAAAUCAUAUUUAAGGGAGCAUCAUGGGAGAUUAGAUAGAGUUGACAGUUCUCGCUAUAAUAUCUAAAAAAAUAGAUGAAGUAAAUAGAAUAGGCUGAAAAUUUCAGUCAUCAUUACUAUAGUCCAUACGAUAAAAAAACAAAGUCUGGGUUAUCCAUUUUUAUGGUUAAUUAUUUUUCAAAAUAUUUAUUUCGAUCCGCUAAAUAUCGCAGGCUAGUGAUGGCAUCGAGAGUUGAUUAUGGUUUGGAUAAGUUAAUUAAUGUCUAAUUAACAAUUAAGAUACCUGCAAUAGGUAGAUUUAGCUCUUGCAUAAUGUAUGUUAAAGUACACCUUUUUGAAUGAGUAUGAUUUAUAUAUUUCUGUUGUUUAGUGAAACAAUAGGUCUGAACAUGCACACCCGAAUGGGAAAGUGUUAGUUAUUUGGAUGAACAAAAAAAAAAUGGGGUCCCAAUUAAGUAUAUUGAAUUCUCUGUGAUAUUGCACUAAACCACGGAAAAUUAAAUUUCCUUGUUUGGAUGCAAAAAAAUGAUCAAACUUAAAACUAUAAUCCUAAAAAUCAGUUAUAUUUUUCAUUUUUACCAGUAUGUCCAGAGGUAAAGUAUUAGCAUUGUGUAACACCUAAAUAGAAUGAUCAGCGGAAAUUUUAUUUGUGGGACAAGUAACUGGAGAAAUUAACAUAAAGGGUUUUGAUUCAAAUUUCAUGCUGUUGAUGCAAGUCAACCAUAAGAUCAGUUGCUCCAUCUUAUUAAUAAUAAUGAGGCACCCUUGUAUAAAAUUGUCACUUCCUCAAUAACUACCAGACUUAUUUAGUUUGUUUAAAUUUUAAAAUUCAUUAUAUAUUGUGCACAACUCCAUUCUCUGCAAACAAAGAAUUGGACAGUUGUGGCCCUUUAAUAUUAUGAAGUGCCAUAUACUGUAUAUAUUUCAACUCCUCCCAAACUACAUUUAAAUCUGUUUAUCAAUAAUUAUAUAUAUAUCUAUUUUGCAUUGCUAUUAUUUAUCAUCCAUCCAUGAUAUUAUUUUGUAUGUAGUAGAAACUUGUAGUAUAUGUAAAGUAUGCAAAUAUAUUGUCAAUGAUUACAGAGCUAGUAUUUGUAGAUUAAAUACCACAUACAAAUCUGAAA